CAGCCAAACGCGUCUGUGGCCAGGCGCGUUGGCAUCCCAGCCACCAGCUUCACUCGUUCUUUUUCUCGGUUUCUAUUUUCUCGGACACUGUCUCGUUCUGACACGCCAAAAAUGCACUCAACUCGAGACGCUAGUAGCACACAUCUGUCUUCUCUGUCUAUCGUGCUUCCACGUCCCCCACUGCCCAAACGAGCGUCUUCAAUUCGCUUGUCAAAUGAUAGCGUCCCCUCACCACGCACUCCGAGGUCCAGUUUAGGCCUUCCUUCUCCGACUCUCCUCAAACUCGACUCAGCCGUCCCUAGACGAAGCACAGACAGCUGGAACAGUUCGGUUCAUGAUGGUGGAGAUGACGACAUGGAAUGGGAGUGGACGUUUGAACAGCUAGCACUACUUAAGAAGACUCUAGACGCGUUGCCGUCUCAUUUGCUCACGCCAUUUAACGGCUCUAUCCCUCCUGCAAACAUACUAGACAGAGUCUCUCGCAGUAUUGUGCAUGCCAAGGGCCCUGUUGAAUGGCCGCAUUCUGUCCGUUCAACGCGUAUCAAACUUAUAAAGCUUGCUCGUAGUCGCGUUGCAGAAGAUGCUGUGAUAGAAGAAGACCCGGCUGAUUAUAUAGUCGACGUUCUCCAGCCUACAACGAACGUUCCGAAGAAGCCGCUUUAUCGACAGUCGAGCAUGGACUUUCUCAAAGGCAAAUCGCUUAAAAACGAGAAAAACAUUGACUUACUUUCAUCUCGUCUUCAAAAAGUCGAUCGAAUGAUUCCAAAUCCCGCCCGUGCGUACGAUCGGAAUUCAUCGCAAACACCUCCCCCCUCGCGACGUCGUCCGCUCAGUGUGGGCGAGUCACCAGGUACUCCAAGGACUCCCAGGUCGGACGAUAGUCCCCAGCUCUAUCCACCAUCGUCCUUAUCGGGUAGCCGUGGGUCAAAGUUGCGUCGUUCUACGACGGUCUUAACGGGUCUACCUACUAUUCCCUCCGGUGUGGCUACCGAUUGUAUAAUGGCUGAUAAAACAGCUGUACCACGCGUCCCCAAAGUGAAACGUUCCGAGUCGUUCAGCUCUCCGAAUUUCAAUGGUCUAGGUCACUCUCUUAAGCGCGCUCCUUCCUAUGGAAGUGUGUCAAGCCGCAUGAGUAUUGAUGACGACAAGGAGAACUCGCCAGAGUUUGCAGCAAUCAACGCCGCACUCGACAUCUACCCGUCUAGUGACGACGAGGAAAAAGCGAGGGACCACAAGAUUAAAAAACAGAAGACAACUGGCACGUUGUCAGCAGAUCACACACAACAAGCGAAGAAGUCAAAAGGUCUACCGAAGACCGCCUCCGCUGCCACUAUCAAGGCUAAUGGGACACCCACGCCAAAGAAAGACGCACGUAGCCGCAAAUCAUCUGCUAAGAAGAUCCAACGCACGUCAUCAAUGUUUGGUGCGGAGCUCCCAAAUCCUCAGCCAGAACCUGCACCUCCCGCGGCGCAUAUUCAGGUACCGACUCCAGAGGAUUCGGUCAUGCUUACAGACGAGAAUAUAGAUCUUCCACCGGUGACCCCGCAUAGACGACUUCGCCGAGUUAAGACGACGAACUUCCCUCUUCGUGUGAAGAGGCGCAUCUCGUUUGGACACUUGUCUGCACCUGCUGAAGGAGCCGAGUCGGCCCAAACCGAUUCUGUGCUUGGAAGUGCAAUUCAGCUCCGCUGAACCUCUUAUCUACUGCUUUGCCACACAUCAUCGGCAGUGCGUAUUGUCCAUUGCAUGCCUUAAGCAUAAGGCUCUAAUGAUGCGAUUUGCUUCAAGCUUAUCGUAUCAUACUCCAUCUCACAUUAGCUCGCAGAGCAUUCCGUCACUCACUUAUCAAAUCGCUCACUCACCCUUCCUUACCUUCCGUUCCAUCGUCAUCCUCUGUAAACAUACCACUAUCGUCACAGAUCCAUCGCCAUUUUCACGCGACCGGACUCAUCUCGUGCCUCUUUCAGCUUGUUUGGCGACUGGAUUCGACCACUUACAAGCCUGUACAUAUACAUCUCGUUGGAAGGAGUCUCCUUCCUGUACCAUGUUCGGAUCUCGUCCCAGCUUCGCGAUAGUGCCCCCCUUAAUGGCACUCUGACGUUGGCUGGAUACAUCAAUAUCUCACCAAAUUACUGUUCAUAUCAUUCCAAAAUAUCCUCCCACUCUCAUUUUUUCCACACGUUGGUGUUGUGCUUUUAUGCUGCAUGCACAAUGCGGAAACAGAAGUUUGAAUUUCAUGUAUUCGGAACACAACAUACCGUUUGUUUACUCUCUUUUACUUUUCCUCUCAUCUCGAUCGUUCCCUACCUGACAAAAAUGUCGCCCCAUGUACACCUGCCGUUGAUUAUACGGACCAGAUCCUUCCUUUACUCUUUUGUUUCGUUCCAACUUUUUUCACAC